UUCUCCUCUACAUAACAAGACAAAAUAAUGAUAACAUCUCUCAACAGAACAACAGUCAAGCGUGGAUUAAAGCGUGCAAAGACGUUUUGUAAAUGGCUCCUGGAUUUUGAAAUGUCUCUUAGCAUCGUUAAGUGAAACUGAUGUAUAAGGAUCAACAGUGGAUCAAUGGAGAUGGUUUGUGCGAUCAGGUUUUCAUGCACUUCGUGGAUCAAUGAUUUCGACUCUGAUUCGUCGCCAUGACAUAAGAAAUUGCUAAACCUCUAACCCCUUCUUCCUGUUUCAUUGUACGUUAAGUGGAAAAACGCUUCGUGACACAAGAUGAAUAAGUUGUGUGGAUAAAUACUUCCGAUAGAAGAAAAUAUGUGUAGUUUGUAACAGUUGUUUGACAGAUGAUGGUGUAUACUCUGAUUCGUGCUCAAUUCUCAACAGUUCCAAUGACCAUGACACGUUAGUAGUCAGAACCGUGAUCUCUUGAACUAUUGCCUGAAAUUUUUAGUUUCCGUCAACUCAAUUAUGUUAACACUGUCAACGUCGUUAUGCCUGAACUUUACCGCGAUGUACAAUGUUGCCACUACACUAUUUUGCUACCGAUUCCUAAAGCCCCUGUUCAGCAAUGACUCGAACAUUUAUUGGAAUGAAGAGUUUAGAAACAGGCCUUACAGCUUCGUGGCAACAACCGAAAAUGAUGAUUUUCCAACGGGGUAUUCUUUCGUGCCUGAUGUAGACAAUGCAACAAAUAUCGAAAUAGCUUGUUCUGGUUUGACCAAACCAGAUUGUAUGCGUUGGAUUUCUUGCUCACGGGCAGCCAAAGAUUGCUGCCAGAGACACGUCGCCUCACAUAGAUCGGCUCCGGAAUAUUAUUGCGAAGCAACAUGGGAUGGGGUGUCGUGUUUGGACUCUACCCCGAACGGAACGGACGUGGCUGUGAAAUGUCCAUCAUUUUACAUCCCACUGGAAGGACCGGUCAUAGCAUCGAAAAAGUGCUUGUCCAGUGGUAAAUGGGAGAAACCGGAAGACGGUCUGUUAAUAGACGGAGUGAUCCACACAUAUAAUGUCUGUAAACAAAAGACAAAGAGGAUUGUUGGCACCGAGACAAUGGCGAUUCAAAGAUUGGUUACCCUAGUAACAAAUGUGAUCAGUCUGGCCUUUCUGAUUCCAUCCCUAGCUGUCAUCACUAUAUUCAGGUCUCCAAAGAAUGCAGAGGAAAUCCGGAGGAUAUUUCGGAUACACCAACAUUUUCUGUUGUCUCUCACUGUUGUCAGCAUUUUGACCUUGAUUUGGGAUGAGGUGAUUGUGAGAGAACAUAUCACGAAACUCCACAAAGAAGCCAGUGUCAUAGAAAUCAACUCGCCGCCCUGCAAGCUGUUGUACACCCUACAAAAAUAUUUUAGAUCCACCACUUAUUUUUGGAUGCUCGUUGAAGGCAUCAACGUCUUUAUACCAUUGAUAAAGAGCUUCCAGAAAAAUAUAUCCAUGGUUUGGCUCUACUUCAUAGGAUGGGGUGUUCCUCUUAUCACUGUCGCCCUGUAUGCAACCUUGAGGUCAACAAUUGGUCGAUACGAUUAUAAAUGCUGGGUCUAUACAUUUCCGGAGAUUGAGUGGAUAGUGGUGGCACCUAAUUACCUCACAGUUUUGUGUAAUGCCAUUUUCCUAAUAGUAAUAGUGUCAUCGAUAGCAAUGAAGGAGAAGAACACACGCUCACGAACAACACUCGUACCGAAGCCUCUCCGCUCGCUUAUAUUCCUAAUUCCGUUGUUUGGGAUCAAUUUUAUCUUCGGAUGGAUAUCAUAUGUCACGGAUAUCGAUUGGUCAAUGAUUGUCAACAGAAUAGUAGAGGGCUUACAGGGUGUCUUUGUAUGCAUUCUGUGGAUAGUGUGCAGCAAACAGGUGCAUAAAAACGUAAGAUUAGCUGUCCACCGGAAAUGUCCGGAGUUUUCCGUGCGUUUCAGGGGACGUAAAUUCAGCACGUCUUCUAGCACGCACCUGACACAGGCUGUGCAUCCAAUGAGUAGCACCCCCAGUGUACACAGUGACAUUAAAUCUGCAGACAUCUCCAUUAUCCGCCACAAUGCCGAAGAACAGGCACUCACAUCGGGAGACACGUGACUAGUGAAUGUGGUCAUCAGGGGUGCGUCAAGAUCGUAGCGGCUAGCCUAGGGGCUACAUGUAGGUAUGGUGGCUGAGUUCUGCUAUUUUACACUUUAUCGUCCCAUUUUUAUUUCAUGGCGAAAAGACAACAAAAUGAUAUUUAGGGACUCUUCGUCCCGAAAUAACGAAAAGACCACAAAAUGAUAAUAGUAGCUACUUUUCGCCUCAAAAUAACGAAAAGACAACAUAUUGUAAAACGACACAGAUCACCCACCAUACCUACCCCUUGGCUAGCCGCUACACCUUGAACGCAACCCAGAAGGGAUACUACAACAGAAGAAUUUAUUCAUCGGGAAAUCAUGGUUUUUCCUGGACAAUUUGAAUUGAUCUCAAAUUAUUUUCCAAGUCUAUUCGUUGGGGAAUUUAUAUUAAUCCCAGAAUGUUAUAUUGAAGUGGAUUUUUAUGAUUUAUUCUACAAUCAUAUGGGAAAAAAAUGAAGAUAACGACCAGUAGUAAUCAAUCUCAUAAUUCCUACAAAGAAUACAAAACAAGAAUAUCAGUAAAACUGAUGGAUGCUUCCCGAAAUGCAGCUAACCAAUGAAUUUUUUUCAUACGACGAAUGACUGGCGCAAUGAUCAAUAAAUAUUGCGAAAUUGUUGAAAUGAAGUUGUUUUUUUCAUAUAUAAGGUACGUUGAGUGACAUUGACCUUUACAAAGUGACCUUGAGUGACCUUAUUAGUGUGAUAUACAAUGAAUACCUGUUCAAAAACUUAAUAAAGCACGUUUUCUUUAUAUAGGGUAUAUGUCCUUAGUGACCUUGACCUUUUCAAAUUGACCUUGAGAGAGGUUGGUCCAAAAGAGCAAUAACUGUUAAAAUUAAUAUUUUUUCAUAUGUAAGGUAUCUGUUCUUAGUGACCUUGACCUUUCUGAAAUGACCUUUGUCCAAAAAAACCCUGUCUCAGUGAAUAUUUCUGAUCAAUUUCUUAUGAAAGAUUUAGGAGAUGGGAACUUUUAUAUAUUUAAAAAAAACACCUUAAAAUAAGGAAUUUUAUACGUUGUGGAUUACCUUGACCUUUCCAAAAUGACCUUAAGAGGCAUUGGUUCAAUAGUCCUUGUCUCAAGGAAUAUUUGUGAUCAAUUAUAUCAAUUUCUGAUGAAAGAUUUAGGAGAUAUAAGCUUGGACAGACGGACAGACAUGACGGAGACUAUUUGCUCCCCCGAAAUUUUUAGGGGAGCAUAAUUAAAAUCAAAAUUAAAACGAACCCCUGGGCACAUCAGAAAUGGGAUUAGGAGGAGUAGACACUCCCUGUGGACCGCUCACACCCGCUGUGAGCCCAAUGCCUUGAUCAGGUAAGCGGAGUAGUCUGUAGUCGAAAUUGGUAUGUAAACAACGGCUUAACAAUCGGUAUGAAACAUGUCAGACAGCAAUUGGAAUUGUUAUAACAACCAUCUAAUAUGUGAGAUGCUGACUUUAAACGAGAAUGUGGAAACCCCUGUACAUGUACACGUAACAUCAUUAUUAUAUGUAAUGUUUGGAUCAACUCACACAGAAAUUAUCAUAGAAUGUAAAAAUUUUUUAUUUGUUAUCAAAAUUUUAUUCCAAAUCUGACGGAACCAAUUUAACUAAAAUUAGACUUGCACUGCCCUGCAAUACUAGUAUACAAAUUGUGUAGAGGAGCAGGAUAACAUGGCUGAUUCUGAUUAUAUUGCAGAUAAAACAUUUUUUUUUUAGAUAAAUGUUCUUCGCAACUGCAUGUGCGAUAUGUUUGUAAGGAAAUCAGUUCUUCAUUAAUUAAGUCUGUUCACAUCUCAGAAGUUCUUCAUUAAUUAAGUCUGUUCACAUCUCAGAAGUUCUUCAUUAAGUCUGUUCACAUCUCAGAAGUUCUGCAAACCAAUUUUUACUCGGGAAUUUAUUUUGCGAUUUAUAAGUGACAAACUGGUUCGCGGUCACUAAUUUUCACGACUGAGACAAUCUUAAACAAAUACAAGAUACAUUUAAAGGAUUGAUUCACGUCGCUAAAUAUUCGCGCCGAUGUUCUCGUAAACCUCAUAAAAAUUUCUCGCACGCGAACAAAAUUGGUUUACAGUCUUCAGAAGUGUUUUGUAGACUAUAUAUUUUGUGAAUUGUUUCUAGUUCUGGAUCUAAUGACAUACUGGACGUCGACGUAUGUUGUUUUGUAAGAAUGUUGUAUGUUAAUAUAAAAUCAUUAUGUAUCGUUUGUA